AUGUUAAUAGGCAGUGCCGCAGUGGUUGAGGAUGCGACUAAGUUAGGGAGUGGGCGUGAGAGUGAGCGAGUGAUUAAGGUCGAGAGUGGGAGAUUUACUGGGGUGUAUGGCCAGCCUGAGGCUAGCAAGAGACAUAAGACGUGGAAUCUACUUCGAUCCAUCAAAAUUCCCAGUGAUCAAGGAUGGUUUUUGAUGGGAGACUUCAAUGAAGUGCUAAGUGUUAAUGAAAAGGUUGGUGGUAGAGCAAGAACUGAUAGACAGAUACAGGAGUUUUGUGAAUUGCUUGAUGAUUGUGGUUUACUGGAUUUGGGGUAUAUUGGUAAUCCGUUUACAUGGUGUAAUAAAAGGGAACCUGAACACAGCAUAAGUGAAAGAUUGGAUCAAGGACUUGCUAAUCCUACAUGGAAGAAUUUUUAUCCUAUGGCAAGUGUCAGUAAUGGUAGUGUGGCAUAUUCUGAUCAUGUGCCAAUCAAGCUGCAGUUGCACAAUGAUAGAGCUCAGAGUAGAGGACAAAAGUUAUUUCGCUUUGAGGCCAUGUGGGUGGAGGAUAAAAGCUGUAAACCACUUAUUGAGAAGGCUUGGGUUAAUACUACUGGGGAUAGAACUAUGGUGGGAGUCCUAAAACAGAUCCAAAAAUGUGGUGAACAUCUUGCAAAGUGGAACAAAAAUAAAUUUGGUAAUGUGCAGAAAAAGCUAAGAUAG